AUGCACGCGCAUAUCAUCGUCUCUCGGCUUCCCUCGUCCCGUCUCGACUUCUUCCCCGUCCCCCGUACCUGCCCAAGCCCGAGCUUCUCGUCCAUCCUCCUCACCCUCACCCUCUUCCUCUUCCUUCAACGCCUCGGCCACCACCGCGGCCUCAAGUCCACCGUCAAGGUUGUCUUCGCCGUUCUCUCCCCCGCCAUACUUCUCGUCGCCUCUCUCGCCGUCCUCGUGUUCGAGCUCCAGCCCUACCUCCCCCACCUCUCCGGCGCAUCGUUCUUCGUCUACCUCUGGAUCCAGCUGCGCUGCGUGAGUUGCACGGCGCGACGCAUCGAAGCGGGCCUUGCGUCUGUCGCUGCGACAUCGGAGCGUACGGCAGUUGGGGUGAACGACCUCCAUUUCGUGCUGUCCGCGCUUCGCGCCGGGUCCUCACGGCUCAACGCGAGGCGGACCAAGGCGGAAACGGCGCGGAGGGAGAAGGACGCGAGGCUGCUAGCGGCAGCGGCGGCGAAGCUGGUCGAGAAACGCGCGGAGGCGGCGAGGAUGAGGGAGGCGCGGCGGGCUGCGGAGGCUGAGCGGGCCCGUGCGGAGGCGGAGGCGGAGUCGCACGCGCAGUCGUGUGCGGCGACGAGAGAGCUGCUGGAGAGGACUAUCCGCGCGGGUGAUGAGCAGGCGGAGUACAUCCGCAAGCUGCGGGAGGGGAUUGCGAGGUACAAAGAGGAGGCGAGGACGCUGCGCGCAAAGCGCGACGGGGGUCUGCAUGGAUAUGGUGACUUUGGGGAAUUCUGCGUCUAUGGCUCGCGCGGAGACCCGCCUUCCCAUCGCAUAUUGCUUGGAAGGCUGUCUUUGUGCGUUCCCCUGGACACUUCUGCGUGGUCUCCCAGGGUUGGCACUACGUCAUCGACGUUGAACACACGGUGCUUUGGCGUCUCGCUGAACCCGGAAAGAGGUCGCUACGCAUAUAUUUUGCGCGCAAUCUCCACUUCGGACGUUCAUCACGCAUGA